GCUUUUUAUUGUCAUUUAAGUCACUCACACCCACUCACAUCCACUCAUUUACUCACUUUAAUAUAUAUUCUCUCAUCUUCAUCCUCUCCAAACCCUUCCACCUCCAUUAUUCAACCAAACUUUAAACCCCACUAUCUCACCAUAACUCUCAAAUUUUUAUUACCCACUACCUCACAACUAUAAAUCAUCCUUCAUUCUUCCAUAUAUCCCACUCAAAAUUUCCUUCACUCACCAAAUCCGAAAAUACAUUAUCAAAACCUAAGUUCUCAAUCCUUCAACCAUGGCACCCAAACUUUCAAGAAAUGCUAAAGGAAAGAAUAAGGUUGGUGAGACAAGUGAAGAUCCACAAGAACAACAACCAACUCUCAAAAGUCGGAGACUUACAUUCAACAUUCGGAGUCGGAAACUUCUUCCGGCAAAAUACGGUAACAUUCCGGAGGAUUGGCUACCUUAUAGUAAGGUUGAUGUGUUUGUGAGUAUGUGCCGACCAACUCAACGCGAGACGGCACGCCAACAACUUGUUACCAAAUUUAAUAUGUUCGGUUCAAGCUUAUCUGUAAGUGAUAGGAUGCUUCAUCUUAUCAUAGCUUAUGUUUUAUUUCCGAAGAAUUCUAACCAUUCCAGGAUAAACGAGUUCGAGUUGAUGGUGUUGCAUGCUCUAAGACGUGGCAUAGAGGUAAAUUGGUCUCUUUCAAUCAUGCGCCAUAUGCAACUAAUGGCUUCCCUUCAAGGAGGACUCCCAUAUGCAAGGGCAAUUUCUCGCAUUAUUCAAAAUGCCGGUGUUCUUCUUCAACGGGAACCAAAGAAGAGUAUGAAUAGACCCGAGUGUGCCAUCUCCACAACAUCCGCUUUAAAAAAUACCGGAAUUGUGAUGGGUAAUGAUGGAAGAUAUUUUUACAAGGUUGAUGUUGAGCCCGCCGCACAACAGAUGCAACAACCUCCCGAAGGAGGAUUUACCAUGGAUAUGAUGUUUCAAAAGCUUUGCUCUAUCCAAACAUCUAUUGACAACAAUAGGAGGGAUAACAACUAUGAGCAUAAUCUUAUGAAGAAACAAAUGAGGGAUAUCCAACGGACUCAAAGAAGGAUCUUGGCACAUUAUGAGGAAGAGGAAGAGGGAAGUGAUGAAGAAGAAGAAGAAGAUGAUGAAGAUGAAGAAAACAUGGAUGAAAGUGACUAAUUUCUUUGCUUUUUAAUUACUAUGUUUUUAUUUUAUUAGUCUUUUAAUUUCAUGUUUUUAGACAUUGUCUUAAUUUAUGUUUCGUGAUGUUUAGGAUUAAAUUAUGUCUUUGUUUGUAACCGUAAAAACUACGUUCCGUAUCGUUCAUUCGUGUUAUGUUGUGAUGUUUUACAUUUCAUUGUGUGAUAUUUGUGUUAUGUUUCAAUUUCAUUUCAAGAUUAUCUUUUUCCCCAUCCUUUUUGAUAAUAACAAAGGGGGAGAAGAGUAUGCAUGUUUGUGUUGUUGUUUUGUUCAAAAGAAAAAAUGCAGGCCAUUGCUAAACAUUAAAACUCAUCACCAUAAAUCAAAGGAAUCAUGGAUUUAGGGGGAGUUUCUAACAUAGGGGGAGCCUUGCAUUAUUCAACAAUUUUUUCAAAAGCACAAAACAACUCAAUCUCAAAACAUUUUCAAGACUUGGUUGUCAUCAUCAAAAAGGGGGAGAAUGUAAUUGCAAAAGCCUCUCAAGCAUAUGUGUUUUGAUGAAGACAACAUGGACAUCAAGCUCUCAUAAAGGAUGUGCAAAAAGAUUGUCAAAGCUAAAGAAACAUCUUUCAAAGUCUUGAAGAUAUUGUGAAGAUUCAAGAAUCAAGAAAUAAAUGGCAAAGGUAUAAACAAUACUCACUUUGACAUAUAAUUGUUCACAAUAUCUACUCUCAUGCAUAUCAUAAUCAUAAACAAUUUUCAUAUACCAUAGAAACCACUUAAAACCUUUUUUCAUAGUUAAAUUUCAAAAUAAAGGUUUUAGGAACCGGGUUGUCCCUACAGGGGAACCGGUUCCCAGAUUUCUCAAAUUUUCACUCUCUGUGGUUUACUAUGGGGAACCGGGUUGUCCCUAUGCAGGAACCGGUUCCUCAGUGCAAAAAUUCAAAUAUUCUGCUGUAACGUUCAGCAGGAACCGGGUUGUCCUAUACAGGAACCGGUUCCUACUGAACCAGUGUGACUUUUCCAUUGCUUGUUUCACAUAAACGAAAAUAUAUUCUUCACAUUGAAACAUUGCAUUCCUACAUGGAAAAAUACCCUUUUGAAAAGGUGUUUAACACAAUAUAUAUUACACA